AUGGACCGUCGAGACCUGAACCUACUACAACAAGAAAGUGCGAGUGUUGUUUGCAAUUACAGCGACUUUGUCCUUCAGUGUUUUGCCCAAUUGAGAGGACGAGAGAAGGGUAAGUAGUUAAUACCGAAGAUAGUAAAGAUCCAUUUUGCUUUUUAAUAAGUUAGUUUUUAGAAUGCCUGGAUUUGGUGGAAUUAUGUGAACAACUGAGAAGAAAAUGGAAGGAAUCCUCGGAGCAUUGUAUGCUGGCCGAAGAGAAGGCUCAUCGUUUGGAGCAAGAGAAAGAGCGAGUAGUUUUAGUUUAAUGUUGAUUUGCAUUUUUUAGGGAGUUGAGAGCCGAAUACGAGCUUCUUAAAGAGCGUUAUCAUGAUUCUAAUGCCAAAGUCGGGGCAUUGAUCAGUCAGAGAGAUGAUCUGAAGAAAGAGAUUAACGAAUAUCAACAAAGGAUCAGGAGCAUCAGGACUUUGAUGGAGGUAAGCGAUAUUAUUCUUUUAUUUUUCAAUUGAUUUAGGUCUAAACUGAUAUACAUUUUUUUGGAUGAAAUGAAUUUGAAUGUAUCAAAGUGUGUUUGGAAAACUUUAGGGAUUUUAUGAAGUUGCUUUCGUAUUUCUUAACUUGUUUCAGGCCACUAUUUAUAUUAUACUUGUUUCAGAAUGAGCUGAAGGACACUGCGGCGUUUGGUCGGCUCAUGAACUUGAGCAAGUUCGAUGAACGAAGAAGCGACAAUCUCAACAAGUCCAGAGCCACUCGUUCCAAUGACUUUGGACUCGAGGUUGAUUUCGACAAAUCCUUGGAUGAUGAAGAGAACAUUGAUGAAGUCCAUCUUCGCUACAACCGGACUUAUCAACGUCGCUCCAAGAGUGUGGAUACCGAUGCACAAAGAACCAAGAGUCAUGUGACCAAGAGAAGUCGGCUUCUUCAUGAGAAUAUCCAAGAGGUGGAUGAAGAUGAAGGUCAUCUCUCGACGCCCCCAAAGAAAUUCAGAGAUGAAGUCCAUGAGGACGAGAUUACCACUGUCACCACAAUUACUGUCGAUCCUCGAGGUCGGUCUGCGACCAAGGCCAGUGUGGAAGUCCAUCGAGGAGGCAAGAGAUCCAUGUCCGAACCCCGAGGGCAUGAUGCUUAUAGCCACACUCCUGUUAGCCAGAGGUCCUUUAGAUUGGGAGCCAGUAAUGCGGAUUUGUAAGUAAUUUGGUGAUUAAUGAUUAUUUGAUAUUUAGAAGAAGUCCAUUGACUGGAUUGGGAUCUUCUUGGACAAAAGGAAGACCGAUUUUGGAAUGUGAUCACUACUUUGAGAGCGGAAAAGGAGCUCUCAUGAAGAAUUGUGCCGUCUGUAAUCGAACUGUCACUAUGCAGAAUGUAGUCAAAUGCAAGGGUAAGGCUGGAGUUGUUAUUUAUAUUACAAAUGGUGGAUUUUAUGAGUUUUACGUUGUGUUUGCUGAGAUUGUUGAAUGUUAGACUGAUCAUUUGUAGACUGUCACAUCUACCUCCACAACAACUGCAAAGCCCGAGCUCCUCGACCUUGUUUACCAUUCACGGCGGACAAGACUUCGAAAGGAACACCUCAGAAAAAGAAGGUCCCCAGAUUGGCCGAUCUCUGUCCCACGACCCCUCCACUAGUCCCAGCCAUCCUUAUCCGCCUUAUUUAUGAGAUUGAGAACUCCAGACUAGAGGCCGAGGGUCUGUAUCGAGUUCCUGGCAAUAAGGAAUUGGUCACCAAACUUUUGGCGAAUAUGGCCGGAAACAUCAUUCCUCAACUGCAGAAUGAACACACAGAAGUUCUCACGUCCUCUGUCAAGCGGUUCUUAAUGAACUUGAAGGUGAGAGGGUUUUUUUUUAAAUAUUAUUUUUGAUCUGAUAUCAAGUGUAACAUAAUUUUUUGUGUUAUUGCUGAAUUGUGAUAACGUGGUGUUUAUAGGAGCCCUUAAUCCCCAACUCUUCGUAUAACGAAUUCCUUCAAGCAGUCCGCGACCCCUCCGGCGACUUAUUAAUGAAAGCUUUUGCCGAACUCCCCGAACCAAACAAGGACACCCUCGCCUUCAUUUGCCUGCACCUUCAAAAGGUGGCUAAAUUCAGUCAUACCAACAAGAUGACCAUCCCUAACUUGGCAAUAUCCAUUGGGGUGACGGUGGUUCGAGGAGGUCGGAGGGAUGAAAUAAAUACUUUGGACCGGAAUGAUUAUGGAGCGGAGGCCGAGAGACAGCGACAACUCAUGGAGAGGUUGUUGCUGCUGCCUGAGGUAAGUGAUUGUUGCUUUAUUUUUAAUUUGAAAAAAUUCGUAUCAAAUUAUUGUUUGGUUACUGUAGUUUUCGAUAAGGAUGUUCUAGUUUUAACAAUCCUAGGAUUACUGUAGCAUUUUCAGGUUACUGUAGCUUUUAUUUCAGGACUACUGGGAGAACUACUUGAACUCGCGUAUGUUGAUUGUCGCGUCCCAAGUGCGAACUCCCCGCCUUUUCACCCCCAGAAACGCCGACCAGUCGAUUCUUGGCCCCGUCUCCGAAACCCCUCCUCUCAACUUUACGCCCACUCUUCGAUCGGCCAAAAGAAGAGGUCUCAAUGUAAAUAUGUAUUGA